AGACUAGGGUAGGACCGGGGAAGCGGAGAGGCUUUUUUCCUGUCUGUUUUGGGAGGAAGCGUGGACGAGGUUGCUUCUGAAUCGCCAAAGAGGACUGGAGGGGCUUCAAACAUCCACGAGAGCAACAGUAUAUUUCCACAGUCCCCAAGAGAGGCGGAAGCAGAUGGAAGAAGAGGACCCAGAAGGAGCUGGAAUAGGCAAGAGAUCAAGGGAAAGUCCCCAACCCACCCAGGCUGGGAGGGGUGUUGAAUCCUGGGAAAGAGCUGUGCCAGAGAUCCUUUCUCAGGAUAUGAUGACUGCAAAUGAACGCAACCAAUGCUUCCGGCAGUUCUGCUACCAUGAGGCAGAUGGACCCCGAGAAGUUUGCAGCCAACUGCAUGGACUUUGCAGGCACUGGCUGGAGCCUGAGAAGCGCACCAAAAAGCAGAUCCUGGACCUGGUGAUCCUGGAGCAGUUCCUGGCCAUCCUGCCCCAGGAAAUGCAGUGCUGGGUGAAAGGAUGUGAGCCAGAGACCAGUUCCCAGGCAGUGGACCUGGCCGAAGGUUUCCUUCUGAAUCAAGCUGAGGAGAAGAGGCAGGCAGAGCAGGUGUUGAGACCAGCUGUAAAGAUGGAAGUGAAGUAUUCUGAGGUAGACGGAACUCCGUACGAGGAAAGUCAGAGUGUGCAGGCCCAGAAGCAUGCCCAAGUCAGUGAAGAGAUGUCGUCAAGCUGUCACCUUUCCAGUGGAGUGCAAAUGUCUGCUCCCCCUUUGGUCCAGGUGGCUGUGAAUUUCACCAAGGCUGAGUGGGCCCUGCUGGAUCCGGACCAAAAAACUCUGUAUAGGGAGAUCAUGUUGGAGAACUAUGGGAAUGCGGCCUCUCUGACCAGGAAUGUAAGAGAGACUAUAAUGGAGAACAAUGAAGGUUUUGUGACUGAAAAAUGGCUGGAGAGUUUCUCAGGAAGAUCUCAGGAGACUCUUUCUCUCCCACAUGAGCUGCCUGCUACAGAUGCAGAGGAGACAGCUGGGGAAUUCCAGGGAUUCUCUUUGAAAAUUGUCAAGAAUGAAGAUGCUGAAGGAAAUCUGAAAGAUGAAGAUGGACCACAGAGGCAGGAGGAAAUGCACGGAGGUCGACCACUGGCUCCCCCCGUGUCUGUAGGAUCUGCCCACUGA